AUGAACGACGAAAUGGAUUCACAUGUCGAUGUCAGUGGUGGCGAACUCAGCUCAGCAUCGAAACGCCGCAGAGUCACGCGAACGACGAGCAGUCCAAUUCAAAAGGGAAAAGGAAAAGUGGCUGCAGUAAUCAAGGAAGAAGAAGAAGUGGUUGAUUUAAGUGAGAGCGAGUUUGAGGAUGAGAGCGACGGAGGCGGGUUCAUCAAAGAUGACUCGGACUCUGACGCGCUAUUGAAGACCGCGGCUGCGAAAAGAAAGACGAAUAAGCGGAAAGCGCCGGCAAAGAGUGCGACGCCGGUACGGAAAGCAAGAGCGAAGAAGCCGAUAGUGAUUGCGUCUGACGAGGACGAGGCAGAGUCGUCUACUGCUGCGGCGCGACGAAGAGCGCGCGCGGGUAAUGGGGAUCUGGACGCACUUCCUGACGACUACUCUGAUGAUGAGGUGAUUAGUGUCGAGAGUAAGUCUGAUUACUCUGACGAUGAGGAAGAGCCUGAAGAAGAGGAAGAAGAGGUUGAUGGCGCUGCGGCCGCUCCGAGAAGACGCAGAGGGCAGGGGCGGUCUGCGCUGAGUUAUAAUCAAAAGACGCGCGAGGCGCUAUACAAUUGCCACCCAGCUCUCAAGACUAUCUUUAACGAGCUUGAUGCGAUGCCUAAGCGAGAGAUGGUGCAGGUUGAGCAGCCAGAGGAGCUCACGAUCAAGCUGCUGCCUUUCCAGCGCGAGGGAUUGCAUUGGCUGGUCGCACAGGAGAAUUCAAAGUACCACGGAGGAAUUUUGGCGGACGAGAUGGGAAUGGGAAAGACUAUCCAGACUAUCGCGCUGCUGCUUUCGGAGCCUAGAGGCAAGCCCAAUCUUGUUGUCGUUCCGACGGUUGCGAUUAUGCAGUGGAAGCAAGAGAUCGAGAGCAACACGGCCGGCAAACUGACGACGAUGGUGUAUCACGGCGCGUCGAGAACUGAGGAUCCCAAGAAAUUAGAGGCGGUUGAUGUGAUUAUCACUUCGUACAAUGUGCUCGAGUCGGUGUUCCGCAAGGAGCACAUGGGAUUCAGACGGCGCGAUGGAGUUUACAAGGCGCGAAGUGCGUUGCACGCAAUCACAUACCACCGCGUGAUUCUCGACGAGGCGCAUAACAUCAAGGAGCGACAGUGCAAUACUGCAAAGGCAGCGUUUGCGCUCAAGACCGAGCGUCGGUUAUGUCUGUCGGGCACGCCGCUGCAGAACCGCAUCGGCGAGCUGUAUUCGCUGAUUAGAUUCCUGCGAAUCGAGCCGUUCAGCAACUACUUCUGCAAAAAGUGUCCGUGUACGUCGUUGGAUUGGAUGUUUUCGGAUAAGCGAACGUGCGACCAGUGCGGACACAAGCCGAUGCAGCACGCGAAUUGGUUUAACACGGAGCUUCUGAAGCCGAUUCAAAACUCUGCGACGCAGGAGGCGCGGCAGGCAGGCAUGAUGAAACUGCACAGUAUUUUGCGGCAUACGCUGCUGCGCCGAACGAAGCUCGAGCGGGCGGACGAUCUCGGACUGCCGCCGCGGAUUGUGGAUGUGCGUCGAGAUCGGUUCAACGAGGAAGAAGAGGAUCUGUACCGCAGUAUCUAUUCGGAUGGUAAACGGCGGUUUAGUUCGUAUGUGGCGCAGGGAGUUGUGCUGAACAAUUAUGCGAAUAUCUUCACGCUGAUUACGCGGAUGCGACAGAUGGCUGACCAUCCGGACUUGGUUCUGCGUCGGCAUGGGGCGGAUAAUGCGGAGGACACGACGCUUGUGUGCAAGAUAUGCGAUGACGAGGCGCAGGAGGCGAUUCGGGCCAAGUGUCAUCAUGUCUUUUGUCGGCUGUGCAUUCGCGAGUAUGUGGAAGGGUUUGAUGAGGCGGAUACGACGCAGACGCUGGAGUGCCCAGUGUGUCAUGUUGCGCUGGUGAUUGAUCUUACUGCGCCGGCGUUGGAGGUCGACGAGGAGACGCUGAAGAAGGGAAGUAUAGUGAACCGGAUUGAUAUGAGCAACUGGCGGAGUUCGACAAAGAUCGAGGCGCUGGUGGAGGAGCUUUAUAAGCUGCGGAGCGACCGGCAGACGAUCAAGUCGAUUGUGUUUUCGCAGUUCACGAGCAUGUUGGAUUUGGUGGAGUGGCGGCUGCGACGGGCGGGGUUUUUGACGGUGAAGUUGCAGGGUAGUAUGACGCCUACGCAGAGAGACAACUCGAUCAAGUAUUUUAUGAAUACGCCUAGCGUUGAGGUGUUUUUGGUGUCGUUGAAGGCGGGCGGAGUUGCGCUGAAUCUGUGUGAGGCCAGUCAAGUAUUUUUGCUUGAUCCGUGGUGGAAUCCAAGUGUGGAAUGGCAAUCCGGAGACCGAGUACAUAGAAUCGGACAGCAUAGGCCGGUGCGGAUCACGAGGUUGAUUAUUGAGGACAGUAUAGAGUCGCGAAUUAUAGAGUUGCAGGAGAAGAAGGCGAAUAUGAUUCGGGCGACGAUUGAGAGCGAUGAUUCUGCGAUGAAUAGGCUUACGCCUGCUGAUCUUGAGUUUUUGUUCAUGAAUUAG